AUGUAUGGACAUAUUGCACAAAUGGCAAAACAUGUUUUAAAAGGUGUAGAAGCAGCUGGUGCACAAUGUGAAAUAUUUCAAGUACCUGAGACAUUAUCUCAAGAUGUUUUGAAUAAAAUGCAUGCACCAAAAAAAGAUGAGAAAGUACCAGUAGUUACAUACGAUAAACUCAAUGAUGUUUUACUCAAUUGUGAUGGAAUCAUUUUCGGUUAUCCAACAAGAUAUGGUGGUAUGCCAGGUCAAAUGAAAACCUUUUGGGAUCAAACUGGUGGAUUAUGGAUGAGUGGUGCACUAGUAAAUAAGCCAUUUUCAAUCUUUUUCUCAUCAGGAACUCAAGGUGGUGGCCAGGAAACCACGGCUCUAACAUCAUUAUCAAAUUUUAUUCAUCAUGGAAUGAUUUUUGUACCAAUCGGUUAUUCAAGUCCAAAAUUAACUGAUAUGAAUGAAAUCCAUGGUGGUUCACCCUAUGGGGCAGGCUCAUUUGCUGGUAGCGAUGGUUCGCGACAACCCACUGCUUUAGAAUUAGAGGUCGCUGAACACAGCGGCAAACAUUUAGCUCAAACAGCCAUGGCAUUAAAGAUUGGCCGUGAAGCAUUACCAAAAAAAGAAGCUGCACCACCGAAUCCACAACAGAAAUCCGUUCCAACAGAUUCGAACAAGUGUACGAAAACCGACAAAGAAAAUAAAUAA